AUAAUACUGGUGAUACCUGGUGAUCUUAAUAGAAAAGAUCUACAUGCAUUUGAACAUCGGCAACAACUGCAGUUGAGUGAUUUGACAGGAUAUCAAACAAUCAUAGAAAAGGAGCUUGAGUCUGAUGAAGAAGAAGAGGGUGGUCAAGUGGUGAAUAACUUUGUUUUGGAUGGAUACGAGCUGCUACAUGAGGCAACAGUAAAUGGUGACUGGGGUGAGGCUAGUAAAUUUUUGGAGGAUCCUGAAGCAAUUACGAAGCCCAUCACUAGUAAUUUACACACAGUGUUGGAUUUAGCUAUAUAUAAUAUGGUGGAUUUGAUGUUUGUGGAGGAGAUUGUGAAACUCAUGCCCCCAAAAGCACUUGAAAAGAAAACAGCAGAGGGCUUAACACCUCUUCACUAUGCUGCCGCAUGUGGAUAUGCUAAAGCUGCCGAGUUGAUU